UCUCUAUCAAUAAAAUUUCAGUUUUCUUCCAUUGAUGGAGCUUAGAUGCUCAGUUCGAUAUUUCCUACAAUUAAUAUGAUUGUUUGCUGCAGAGCACAUUCACCGGGUAUCUGAUGCACAGCCGGGGGUGGAAGUCGGUUUACCGCUACCCGGACCGGUCAUGCUUCCUGGGAUGCACCACGAUCGACAUGAAGGACGCCCUGGUGCAGCUCAUGAAAUGGGCUUCCGGUUUGGUACAAGUCGGCCUCUCGAAAUACAGCCCUCUCACCUAUGGCGUCUCGAGGAUGCCUCUCCCUCAAGCCUUGUGCUACGGAUUCUUCGCCUUUUCCCACUUCAUAUCCGUUGCUUGUUUCUUGUACGGCACGGUUUCCCCCCUAUGCUUCUUCUACGGAAUCGAUCUUGUCCAAGUAUAAAGGUAGAUUGGCUUCAGAAACCUCCUCUUGAGUCCGCUGUUCCCCUCUUUCCCAAGGUCACAAGCCCGUGGUUCGCAGUUUUCGCAGGCGCAUACGCUUCCUCAGCCGAAGUGAAGUCAAGUGGAGGCACGGUGCGGACAAUGUGGAACGAGCAGAGGAUCUGGAUAAUCCGGGCGGUGACGGCCUGCUUGUUCGGAUGCGUUGAUGUCUUGAUGAAAUACGCAGGCGUGGCGAAGGCCAACUUCAGGCUGACAAACAAGGUAGUGGAUCAAGAGAAGCUAGACAAGUACCAGAAAGGGAAGUUCGAUUUCCAGGGAGCCAAGAUGUUCAUGGUGCCGCUGACGCUGCUCGUCUUGAUCAACUUGGGCUGCUUCGUUGGCGGCGCGAAGGGGCUCGUUGCCCGAGGGAACGUGGCAGAGAUGUUCGGACAGGGGAUGUUGUCUAUGUAUGUUCUUCUCCUUAGCUUUCCCAUUCUUCAAGGCCUUGUUCCAAGGCUAGGGAAAUGAGUAGUCAUUUUAUUUUCUACUUGUCUUUGUGAUUUUUAAGUUUGUUGUGCGUUUGCUUAAUUCAUAGAUUUAAAUUAAAUAAUGGAUUAUUUGUGUAAUUAUAUAUAUGCAGCAUUAUUCACAGAAAUUGUUGAUGGUUAAUUUA